GAGAGACGUGGUGGAACAGAGGUGACCUCAAUGCUUGCUCAAGCUGCCAAUGCAACAAAGGUGCUGCGUUCGGAGGCCCCAAGCCUCUACAGACGGCGCCGAGUUUCAGGGCCCCAGCCAUGGAACGCGACGAGCAGCGGCAGAAGGCAGCCGUCGCCAACUAUGCCGUCGAGAAGGACAAGCAGUUUAAGGCCCAGGACCUUGAGAUUGCCAAGCUACGUGAGCAAGUGUUGGAGGCAAAGAAUGGGCAGGCAGUGGACACGGCCACCAGCGACAAGGCCGACACCGACCAGAAGCGCCUCAAUGAGAUCAGCCAGACCCUCCGAGCGUUGGGCAACCUCACUGAGCCUGCUGUUGUGGCGGCGCGAGAGUCACUGGAAGCUGAGCGAAUGGCGAUUAAGUCCAAGAUCGUCAGCAGCAAGCCGCACUCCGCCCAGAUGCACCACUUCACCACUCGCAUUGAUGAGUUGCUUAAGAGCAGGCUGCAGCAGGAGGAGACCGUGGCAGAUCUGGAGAUCCAGAAAGUGGAGCUCGAAGCCAGGAUCGAAGGCGUCAAGAAGUCAAUUCAUACGCUGGCUACGGACAUCACUGACCUUGAGCACCAGCGGUUCGCGGUCUCGGCGCAGCUGCCGACGCCUCUUCCAGAAUCGUACUCGCUCAAGACCAUGGUGCCUGCCCUCGACCUGCCUGUCGACAAGCUCGGCCAGCCAAGUCCACCUUUGAGGCCCUUCGACAGCUACAAGCCAGAGCAGAUGCCGCCAAAGCCUCUGCCCAGCAACAGGCUGCAGGACCGCCAGGCCAACAGCCAGGGGGGUCCCAAGGACCCGACAGAGCAGCCAGACAAGACGAUGCUGUGCGCGUUCCUGUGCCAAUGGGACGCAGUGCACACGGAGUUUGUGGCGAGCGACGUGCACCAUUACGAGGGCUACCACAGCUUCGAUCCAGCCGCGGUCAUAAGGGACAUCAUGCGGCCGAUGGGCAGCAACUACGUCUACUUCGAGUACCUCGGUACCAGCUGGCUCGCAAUGUAUGCUGGGAGUAUGGCCAAGCUGUACCACAGAACUGGGAGGGUCCUUGCGGCCCACGUCCACUGGGGCGCCAAGCACGGCAUCGCCAUGCUAUCAAUCUACCUUCACGACGGCCAGGUCCUCUCAGACGCCAACGUGGAGAUUCUUCGGCAGGUCGCCGCCUAUAUAUGCGAGCUGGAGGCCCGAGAGCAGCCUUGGCUGCUAGCGGGGGACUGGAACAUGCAGGUGGACGACCUGCGGCACUGGUUCAACUCCAUAGGGGGUAUUGUCAUCCACCCCAACUGCCCCACCUGCCUGCAGGCGAAGCCUGGAACCAUGUACGACUACAUGUGCAUGCAUCCGCGGGUUGCUGAUCGGGCAGAGCAAGCUUUUAUACAUGAAGGCUCGGACUUGUUUCCACAUGUGCCUGUCAGAGUUCUGCUCCAGGAUGCAGAACAUGAGAUGUGGGUGCGAGUGCCUGACCAGCCUGCGUCCGUCGACACGGUGCCAAAGCCAAUAUGUGCGAGGUUCCCGCCCGUCGUCGAGUGGGACAUGGCCACGGAGCUCAUCGCUGCAGCCGAAGAUGCCGCCACCCUUGCUGACGCCUGGGACGCGGUCUUGAUGCAGAUCGAAGAGGAGCUACUGGACAGGCUCCAGGCCUACAAGUUGAUUGGGCGUUGGUUUCGGCACAUGAGAGCGAUGCAGCUGCGGAUGAUCUUGGCUGUGGAGAGGCUCCAGACUGAUUUUGACGUACCAGGUAAGUUUCCACGCCAUAUGCUGCCGGCCAACCACACUACUGAUAAUUAUUCAAGCUGGGCACGCUCCUUAUCUACCUUUGGUGCCUAUGACGUUGGGCUCAGCAUGACCGACGACACGGCCGCUAAUGACAAAGAGCUCAAGCUAUUGGCGAAGUUGGCAUGGGACCUCCAGGGUUCCUUCCAUAGGGCGUCUAAGGCUAAAUGGAGUAUGCAGCACCUCGACGACGACGAGCGCGCUCGAGCCCGUGACCUCUCCCACCAGUUCUGCUGUGAUGAUCUUCCUGAGACUGCACAGUUCGUCAUUGACAAAGUGGAGAGAGCGGUGCAGGCCAUUGGAGCGUUCAAAACGACAGAAUGGACGGAGUGGGCAAAGGCAUCCUUCAACAAUGGAGCGAGACAGGCGCACCGUUUCUCUAAGCUCAGAGACCUGCAGGAGGUCAGCGUAGCAGACCUACGCAUAGUCUUGCGCAAGUUCAAGCUCAAUUCAGCACUUGGACAGGUCAACCUCCACCCCAAGGUUGACCAGUGGGGCGUGCCCCACAGGGCUUUCUACGGGCCUUUGCCUGGGCGCCAGACGGUGCCCCGCGCUGAGAGGUGCAGGCGACACGCAAUGGUCACCUCAGGAAGCUUGCUCGUGCGGAGUGUGGCCGACAUCCUGGCACUGGUGUCCAGCUCGAGCUCAUGCCUGAGUCUCCUGACCGUGCAAGUGCCGCCGCCCAGUGCUCUUCUGUUCCUGCUGCUGCGGCAGCCUCGAGCAUCGUUGUGGGUUGUGGUGCUGGGGAGG